AUGAACCAGCCCGGUCUCGCUCAUCGACUAAGCCUCCGGCUCAUCUCACCUCUAGGAAUCGCAUCCAGAGGUAUAGCCAAGAAGCUAUGGCGCAGACUGCGGCCCCUUAAGACACAGAUCAGCUCGCCGGUCCUGAAACCGCUGCCCGAUGCACCGGAAUCUCAGCGUGCCUCGUCGCCAAGCUAUCGUGGCGUGCCAUAUAACCGGAUAUCGACGCUCAUGGACGUGGAUUACUUUCGGGGCAGCAUGAAGCCGGGUGGGAAGAACUUUGGAAUACUGAGAGUGCUCAACCCGGACCCUUCAUCCAAAGCAUCCAGCGUGGAUGUUCGCGUGAUGCCACGUUCCAUAGCUCCAAGACUUCCUGGCGGUGCAGGCCCUCCCCGUCUACCGGUACUUUCUUUCAUGGUUAGCCCCGAUCCACCGUUGUCAUCUAUGAUCGCAACGGCGCUUGAAGAACUGAGAUGUUCACCACACACGAGCUGGAUAACCGAAGAGGAAGAUAUGAACCCGUCGUCGCUUCACGCUUCAGAGAUGGACAGCAGCUCGGACAUUCCUUCGCAGCCAACAACCAAGCAUGCCAUUGCACGAAAGCCACUCCCUUGCCCAAAGGACAUUCUAUUCCCUCCUAGCAUCUUCUCGGAUUGCAAGCGUGACUGGAAUAUGGCUCGACUUGGCUUUCACCGUCCGACCAGCAGCACUCCAAGCACCACAGAGACUGUCACUGCUAAGGACGCCCGUCACUCAAUUCAGACAACAGAGUGCGAUUUUAUUUCCAUUUCAGCCGACAAAUCUCGCAGCUCGUUCAGCGCCAAGAGCUGGAUGUCGCAAGAAGUGUACCGCAACAAGCAAUCGCACAUUGCCGCAUACCUCGCAACGCUGGAUUACUCGGAAAUCCAGCGAGGCGUCGCCCCAAGCAUCCACAGCUUUUCAACCCGAGUUUCUUCUGGGAUUUCAUCAGUCUCCGGUAUCAGCCUAGGCACUUGGCGGGGCAACUCCGUUGGUCCUGACGAGUUGUCGUUUGUGGCUAUCGCUGGGUUGGUCGCUCAGCACCGCAGAGGCCUCGGUGGAGUUCCAGAAAGAGAUUGUCGUUGA